AUGAUGAGUACACAAUGGUUGAGCAAGAGGAGGAUGAAGGUAAAAGAUAUCAAGGACAAGGCAUUGAGGAAGUGGAAUGUAGGGGUAAACAAGACUAAAGCAAUCAGAGCAAGACUUGCUACUAGGGACAAGGUUGAUGGUUCUUUCUUAGGGGAUUACAUUAGAAUCUAUGACUAUUGUCAUGAACUGUUAAGAGCUAAUCCAGGGUCAGUAGUUAAGCUAAAUGUUGAACCUGUUCAAGAAUGUGGUCUCUUACCUGCAAUGGAUGAUCUUUUGCCUAAUGCUGAACAAAGAUUUUGUGUGAGGGCUAAACCAUUAAUCACUAUGCUGGAAGAGAUCAAAAUCUUUAUUGUAGAGAGACUCACAAACAAUAGAAUAAGGUUUCAAAAUGUCUCUGAUAAUGAGAUUUUUCCUAACAUUAGAAGGAAGAUUGAUAGAACAAGCACAUUCACCAACUUAUGGCUUGUCAGAAGAUGGGAUCUCAUAGGACUUUCAUGUAUUCAUGCAUUGUCAACUAUGAAGAGUAGGAACUUUAAGAUUGAUGAUUAUAUCCCUGAGUAUUACAUGAAAUCUAGGUACAUGGAAGUCUACAAGCAUAUGAGUUACCAUGUGAAUGGAUCAAAUCUUUGGGUUAAGACACCAUUUCCGGAUGUGCAGCCACCUAAGUAUAGAAAGAUGUCUGGUAGACCAAAGAAGAGGGGGAACAUUGAACAAGGGGAGAUUGAUGGGACUGGCAUAAAAAUGAGAAGAACGAGUUUCAUAGUCAAGUGCAGUAUGUGA